CAGAUGACCGGUUGGGCUGUGGGAUGAACACUUUGAACCACAUUUUAGCCACAUUUUGAGCCCUUCCUCUGUGACCCACAUGAUGGUUAUUAGCUAAAGAAGCCAUGACAGGUCAAAAGCACAAAUAGAGAUCCAUGAAUGUGAUGCAGUGACGUGAAUACAUGCAUUUCUCUCUCUGUGUGUGUGUGUGAAUUUACGAUCACAGUGCCACGAUUUAGCUUGAAUGCUGCUCACUGAGCUCCGGGAAAGCUGCAUGAAAUGAUAGUGAAAGCUUAUUGAAGUCAUAUAUUAAAUCAUAUAAAGUGCCAAAAGUUGCAUGUAGACGUCUGAUACAUUCACCAGCAAGAGUUCAACUCAGAUAGGUCAAAGUUAGGGCUAUUCUCGUUCUGUUUAACCUUCAUAUAAAUCAAUAUAAUUAAUGCGAUCCGCUUUCUGCGCUCGCGACACUCCAGCUCGGAAAACCGCGAAAAUCACGGAGCUUCUAGAACGUCCGAAGUGCUACAUUUGGUUCUAGAACUCGUUCUCUUGACACGAGGAGUUCCAAAUUUCGUUACAUUCGUCACGGUGAGUUACUUUUUAAUGAGUGACGUGUAGGCAGCUUUAUGUUGUAUUCAUUUUAAUGGGAAAACAGCUGUUCAACCUUCCUAUACUUUGAAAUUGAAAAUAAAUGUCGCUCGAAAAUUCCUGUUAGCUCUGAUACGAAUUAAACCUUGUAGCUAAUGCAACACAUUUUAAAGCUUAUGUUGUCAAAAGUCUUGAUAUCGUCACUGUUACUACUGCAAACAUUUGUGGUAAAAAUAAACAAACAAACAGGCUGAGCUAAUUCGCAGUCACUGCUGUAUUUGCAUACACAAGUAGCUUAUAUUUGCUAAAUAGGUGAUGUUGUUGAGAGAUGUGUGGCAAAUUAAAGGAAAAACCUGAACCCAUGACACCUACAGUGGCUCUGUUUUGCUGCCGAGGGCAUUUUGUCCCCUCAGAGUGAAGUGUCAAAUCAGUCCAAAGCUGCUCUGAGUUUUCACCUUUUUCCUAUGAUAAAACAACUCUGUCCUGAUGGGACAAGCAGGAUGGCAAUGGCCACCUUCAUAGGGAUAAGGGGUCACAGAAUGGUUUGAUGAGUAUGAAAAGGAUGUGAAUCAUAUGCUGUAGCCCCCACAACCAGCAACUCCUAACCUAACAGAACACCUAUCUUAGAUUUUAGACCGACAUGUUAGACAGCACUCUCUACCACCUUCAACAAAACACCAAAUGAGGGAAUGUCUUUUGGACGAAUGGUGUUCAUCCCUUCCGUAGAGUUCAAAGACUUGGAGAGUCAGUGCCAAAAAACACUGAAGAAGCUGUUCUAGAGACAUGGGGUGGGCCAACACUUUACUAGGAUGCUUUAUGUUGGUUUUUUCCUUAAUUUGUCACUAUUGGCUAUGCUGUUCCACAGUUUGAAAUCACACUCUUCAUCUUUGAUUUUUUUUUUUUUUUUGUCGUGACCUCAUAACAAGUCUACUUUCCAUUUCAUGUCACACAUACAGUAUAGUUUGUGAGCAGUUCUCUUUUAGAGUAAUUAUUUACACUUCUUGGCCUAAAGAGUUGUUGUUAUAUAAUAUUGUGCAUGACAAAAACACAAAUAUUAGAGGAAAGUCUAUUAAUCAUAAUCUUGAAAAGCUGUUUUCUUUUUUCCGACCAUUGUAAUCAUUCCACCACUUUUAGUGAAGGCUCUGACCUCAGCCAGGGAAUUUUUGAUCUUAAAGCUGUUUUAUCUUAUCUAAUGAUUUAUCUUAUCAGCUUCAGCAUGAGCACAGGACCAAGCAUGCAAGCUGCAAGCUUUGUCCAAGGAAACCAGAGUCGAGUAGAGCACGAUGCCCCCCAUUCUGCUCUCUUCUACCUUUUCCAGGAAGUUUCCAAGCUAACAUCCCCUGUGUGUCCAGGAAAAAUCAGUUUCCUGGACACAUGUCCAUCCUCCAUACAGCUCAAUGAGACAUCUAGGAAGGAUCCUUUAGUAGUUAAAAAGAGGGGGGAGGAUGUACAAAGUUUGCCUCCUGUGCUGCUGUGUGAUCAGUUGAAAAAAGUAAAGGAGGAAAGUCCCAGCAGUAGCGUCACAACCUUGAGUGAGCCACGUUGUGAAUGCAAGAGUCCAUGGAAAGUCCUGAGUCUGAUCAACCUGUACUGUGAAAAGCUCCUUCAUCAAGGAGAUGUAGAAGAAUUGGAGCCGUGUUCAGUAUCAUCUGCCGUCAAAAUUGGUCAUUCAACAAUCAAAUCAUCAACUGCAGAGCAAGAUGUUCCAGAUGGGGGAGGUAGAAAUGACGGGGGAGGUAGAAAUGACAGUGUAGGUGCUCAGUGCACGUUAAGGGAUGCGUCUGUCAGUCCUGUGGAAGACACAACAGAGGACGGUUAUAAACGUCAGUACUGUGUGAAAGACGGUGAGAUGAGCUGUAGUGUUCAACUACUGCCUGCUGAGAAAACAGAUGCUGUUGGAGUAGAGUUGUUGGAGCACAAUGCAAUAGCAUCUUUGCAGUCUCAGCACAGGUGCAAAAAGGAGAUCAAAUCCAGUGUUAACAGUCAACUUCAGUGGAAACAGGAGCAUAAGAAGGAUUGUUGUGCUACUGUACAGGAUAUUUUGGAUGUACCUUCGCAUAAAAAUUCUUUGCUGCAAACACACAUCUCCAAUAGAUGUCUUAAUGCUCAGCUGACUUCUCAAUCAAGUGAUGAGGCUUGUGUAGCUCUGUCAAAGCCAGCACUAAUGCUAGACCACAAUGCAAACCUUACUUUGUUCAUAGAACCACCAUGUGACACCCAGCUGCCUCCUCUGUGCUCCGUCCAGUCCCCUUCACGAUCUGAAUCACUCAUAUUUAGCAAUGCAGAGAGUUUUCACUCGCUCCUAAAACAAGAUGACAAAACCACAGCAUCAAAGGCAGAAGGCGCACAUGAUCCCAGAGAAGAGAAAUACCCUGCAGUUGCUCAGCUACAGUCCUCAAGCUGUAAUGUGUCUUCUGCUACAUCAAAACCAGAACUCUUAGCACAAAAGGAGGAAGUUGGUAUACCGUCUUCUCACCAGUGGAGAACAAAGACUCCAAGAAAACAACCUCAUCCCAGCCGGAGUGCUGAUAUCCAAGAUCCAGACUUCCAGGGAGUAAUAUUCAGGAUGGACACAGAGCUGGACGACAGCAGGGAACAAUGUCGGCUCCUCAUAACUUCAAAGUACAGCAAGAAGCUCUGCCAGAGUGCGAGGAAGCCGAGGCUCAGGACACGGACAUCCCAGAAAUCACUUAAAAUCAGCAGCUCAGAUGACGAGAAGGACCUGACAGCUAAUGUUUUCAAAAGCAAAGUCUGUGCAUCAUGCUGCACCAGGAAAACCCCCAUGUGGAGAGAUGCAGAGGAUGGGACUCCACUCUGCAAUGCUUGUGGGAUAAGGUAUAAGAAGUACAGAGUGCGCUGUGUCAACUGCUGGCAUAUCCCUCGGAAAGAGGGCAACUCCAGCUCCAGCUGCCUCAAGUGUGGAAACUUUGUGAGGCUGACCUCAGCUCAGCGGAAACACACCACCUAGGGAACAUGCACUGAGCAAAGAUUUUUAUGUCCACAUGUCACUGAACUCUGCACACAACAGUUUAGGACAAUACCCACUGCUCCUGUAGUUCUUUAUAAUUCACCACAGAUGUGAAGUAGUAGAAGUAGAGGACAACAUGAUUGUCAGAAGUAGUCUCUUACAUUGUACUUGGCUCAAGGUAUUUAAAUUAGUUUCACCGCUGCAGUGUGGCACCUCAGAUGGCAAAACUCAUCGCCUGUAGCUCUAUGGCUACUCUCAGGAUGCUGUAUACCUGAGGGAAAAACAGGCCAAAAGAAAGAAAAGAAAGAAAAACACGUACAGCCGUUUGAAGUUCUUAACUUAGAGCUUACAAGUGGUGGACUGUAUGUAGCAUGUGUGACAGAUCAGGUAGUUUUUUCUCUAUACCAAGACAGACGUACUGAUGCGUUCGACAAUCAUAUUGUGGCAACUAAGUGGGAUACUGAAAGGCAACACAUCUGGUGGAAAAUUUAGUCGUGAUUGUUGGCAUUUUUCAUCCAAAUAGCUGCAGUCUUUCUUGUGUAUAAUGGUCAGCAGUGCCUGACUCCUGCAAUACAAACUUAUUUCUGUACAAGUACUGAGGUCAGUGCCGUGUUCACUGUUAUUAAGUAUUUACCUUCAAAAACCAUUUGCUUCUCCUGACCCUGACAGCAAGACUUUCUGCUUAGUUCAGUGGAGGUGUGUUCAGUUGCAGAAGUUAAAUCUAGUUAUUUUGUUUUCUUUGUCGUGGUUUGUAAUUUUGGUUGUGUUUGAUGGGCUUCUUUCAUUUCUUGAUGGUUUUUUUGGGUUGUUGGUUUUGGGUGGUAACAUAUUUUACCGGUUGCAUUGGUGAACUGAUUUCCUCAGCAUGGCUGUUUUCUGUGAGGACAAAACAAAGAUUUUUGUGUGAGUUUGGCACUGUUUUUGGUCAAUUAAAUUCAGUAAGAAACAACCAA